UUUCUGUUGCAGUCUCUAAAUCUUUUCCUCUCUGGUCUCUGCCUGCCGGAGUGCUAGAGCAGUUACCCGCUGAGCAUCAGCAAAGAAGAGCGAGUGAACCGGAGCAAAAGAGAAAAGGGGAAAGAAAGCAACAAGAAGAGGACAGUUACACAGGAAGGAAUUAUUAGGAAUGAGGCUGGAGGAGAAGUUGACAACCGCUUUAUGAGUGUAAGUGGGGGGGGGGGACGGAAUUUAGAAAAAAAAGAGGAGGAGAGAGAGUGAAAGAGAGGCAGAUAGGGGAUUAAAAGGCUGGAAUGCGCUGACUCUGGGGACCCAAGUUUCUGUUUGCAUUUGGCACAGUGAGUCCUGCCACUCCACAGGUUUAUCCACAUAUAUACCAGCACACACACACUCGUCCACUAUUUGCUUUGGAGAAUGAGCGCAGGAGGCCACGCCAGGAGGGGAGAACACCUUUCAAGGAGCUGUUGAACCCACCUCCACCCCCCCACAGCUUCCCAAAAGUGCCCUCCCUCCCACUCUCCCACCCGCUGGCCCUCUCAGCCUACCUGCGCCAGUCACAACACGCUGGAGCCGGAGAGUCAUCGAGUCACUCUCAGUGAGAGCUCUGAAGCCCUGGAUUGCCCAAGGGACGCAGCUGCAGUCACACUGGCUGAGAAAGAGCGAGGAGCCUCACUGAUCCGCUGACCCGCAGGAUGUCCAAAGCCUCCAGGCUGGCUCGACCCCCUUCGGCGGGGGCCGGGUCCAAGCUGCCCUCUUCCAGAAAGGAAUGCCUUGGCACGGGUUGCGCGGCCAGUCGAGUCCAGGUGCUGAGCGUGGGGGAGAAGCUGAUGAGAGCAGGUAGUGAUGGCGUCCUGCACAGACAGAAGUCUCUAACAGUUGCCAUGUCUCCGGACAAAGCACAGAGUGAGAACCGGCCUGAGACUCGGAAGUCCAGCCAAAGUCCAGGUGAGAGGGGGGGAAACAUGGAGACGGUCCCUCCCAAGAGCAGGAUCAGCCCACCUAAAGGCUCGACUCAACAUCCAGGCUCUGUCCACAAACAAAACAAAAGCAACCUGAAGGUAACCUCUCCGGAGGAUGCCGAGCACGUAGGCCGCAGACACGCCUCCCCGAAUGGGACGCCCCCUUCCAGAGGAGACGCGAAAGGCACGCGGACCGUCCCACGGAGACACACGUUAGGGGGAGCCCGCAGCUCCAGAGAGAUCCUGGCAAUGCAGCCACCGGAAAUGGACAAGAAGAGGGAGGCCUUCCUGGAGCAUCUGAAGCAGAAAUACCCACAUCAUGCCUCAGCGAUCAUGGGCCACCAGGAACGGCUGCGGGAGCAGAGCAGAAGCCCAAAGCACGGCCCCAACCCCCAGCCCUGCGUCGGCGACCAGGUUGACCACCUCUCGCUGGCCUCCCUGGAGUCACUGGACACCAUGUCGGAGACCGAUGGACCCUCAGCCUUCACCCGCGGCAGCCGAGUUCGAGCCAGCCUGCCCGUGGUGCGGUCAACCAACCAGACUAAGGACCGCUCUUUAGGUGUGCUGUACCUGCAGUACGGGGACGAGACCAAACAGAUCCGCAUGCCUAAUGAGAUCACCACCGUCGACACAGUCCGAGCCCUGUUUGUUGCUGCCUUCCCGCAGCAGCUCACCAUGAAGAUGCUGGAGUCGCCGAGCGUCGCCGUCUACGUCAAGGACGACAUGAGGAACAUGUACUAUGAGCUGUCUGAUGUCAGGAACAUCACUGACCACUCCUGCCUCAAAGUCUACCACAAAGACCCAGCACAGGCUUUCAGCCAUGGCCCGAGACCUACCAACGGCGAUGCGAGGAUGCACAAUGAUGGACAGCAUCCUCUGAGACAACCACCCAUGGGUCCCCCACCGCACCAUCCAAUGCAGGGUGGGAUCCCCCCAUCUCCACACUCCAUGCCCCCGUCCCCCUCCAGAAUCCCAUUUGGCUCCCGGCCAGGCUCCUUACCAAGCAGCGCCACGAUGCCGAGGGACCGACUGUCCACUGCCAACCCAUCGGUGCGCUCCAACUCACCUUGUCCCAGCGCCAUCCUGGAGAGACGGGAUGUCAAGCCUGAUGAGAACAUGGGAGGUAAGAGCCAUACUCUCUCUAGAGGAAACGAGGGGCUGUAUGCUGAUCCAUACCUACUCCAGGAGGGACGACUGAGCAUGGCAUCUGCUCACGGACCGCACCCCAGCCCUGGGCUGGAUGGUCCAGAACAUGUAAUGGGAGGAUUUCACCGUGCCUCCAUCCGCUCCACAAGCUCGUACGGUGGGCCCAGCCCCACGGACACUGUAGAUCACCCGUCGCUGUACAGGCAGAAGUCCAGAAACAGUCAGCUGCCUACUUUGGGCUCCAAGACUCCUCCACCAUCCCCUCACAGAAUGGCUGACGUACGGAUGAUUGACAUCCACGGAGGGCCUCCUCAUCCUCAUGGCAUUCCACCUCACGGAGUUCCCAUGGAGAGAGGCUCACCAGUGCGCCAGUCCUUCAGGAAGGAGGACGUAGCAGGGACCAAGCCCCGUAACAGCAUGACAUCACCUGUGGUGUCAGACCUCCCAGGUCAUCCCCUGGGGUCUGUUCCGCCUGCUGGUGAACAUCAGACACGACAGCGAAUGAAGGCUAUGGAGCAACAGAUUGCCAGCUUGACUGGUCUUGUUCAGCAUGCACUUUGUAAGGGGCCAAAAAGUAGUGGCACCAAGGAGCCUCCAAGCGAGAGACCGCCGAAGACAUCCUCUCCGGCUCACAGUUCCCAUAGCUCAGGUGGUUCCCCAGUUAUGGCUCCAAAAAGCAGUGCAGCCCCACCAGACAAGGGCUCACUUCCACUGAAACUCAACCUCCUGCAGUUCAGGAAGAACGUUUCUGACCUCAGGGUGCAACUCCAUCAGAUGAGACAGCUGCAGCUCCAGAACCAGGAGGCGCUGCGGGUUCAGCUGAAGCGAACAGAGCAGGAAAUCACUGUCAAACUCGCAGAGGCCAUGCGGCGUCUAGAGGAUCCGGUCCAGAAGCAGAGAGCUUUGGUGGAAGAAGACAGGCACAAGUACUUGGGACUCGAGGAGCGAGUCCUCACACAACUUGGCGACCUGGAGCAGUAUGUCGGCUCUUUGCAGAAGGACUCAGCCGCAACACACAGAGUUGUGACUCUGAAGGAUGUGGAAGAGGGAGCGGUGACUCUGAGGAAGGUGGGAGAAUCUCUGGCGGGGCUCAAAGGAGAGUUCCCAGCCCUCCAGACCAGAAUGCGGGCUGUGCUCAGGGUGGAAGUAGAAGCCGUCAAGUUUUUGAAGGAGGAACCUCACAAACUGGACAGCAUGCUGAAAAGGGUCAAAGGCCUGACUGACACACUCAGCGGUCUCAGAAGACAUGCUACUGAGGGCUCCCAGAAGGCUCCUGAUCUGUCUGCUAAUAUCCCAGUGGAUUACAGCCUAACGGCAGCUGCUUCAGAGGCUCCUGUUGAUGCUCCCUCAGCACCCGUUCAGCCCAGCUCCACCUCAGCCUCACUGGAUCACCAGAGCUCCACCGUCAGGUCAGAGGUGAUGCCCUCCUCCCCGGUGGUCAUCCAUCACGUCCAGAGCUCCCCGGUCCUCAUGCAGCAGUCCCAGCAGUCUGCGGCCUUGAGCCCUACCCAGGGGCCCAGUCCCAACCCAAUCAAGAGUCAUGGCAGGGAGUCUCCCAAAGACACGACCUUGGAACCAACAAGUCCCCUCCGUCAGAAGAAGACACCAGUAAAUAAUGGCAACCAGGAUCUUGUUAUUGAGGAGCUGCAGAUCAAUAAGGACAAAAGCAAAAGCAAAACCAGAGUUAUGUCCAUAGAGGCAGCGGAGAAGGAGUGGGAAGAGAGGAGGCAGAACAUGGGUCAUUACAAUGGAAAAGAGUUUGAGAAGAUCCUCCAGGAGGCCCAGGCCAACAUGAUGAAGGGUAUUCCCAGUCUCGAGGUUGAAGAGAACUCAGUACUGCCACCUGGUGCCAGCUGUGAACAAACCAUCUCCCACAAACUUGUGGAAUCACAUUCAGAAGAGGCUCGGUCUGAACCUGACUCCCUGACAGCCAAAAAGGGGCCUGAGAAACUUCCAAAGCCUCCAUUGGAGAAACCAGCCAAGCCAGUCAUGGAGAGACCUUCCAAGACCUCCAAUAAGCCCACGCCCCUUGACAUUUCUACCAAGCAAGUGUCUGAGAAGUCCAACAAGUCUCCACCACCACCGCCUCCUCCGAGGAAGACCUUCUCUAGCUCCAACUCGGGCAUGACCACCACACGCUCUGGUGAGGUGGUCUACACCAGCAGGAAGGAAUCCAUCUCAGCUCAGGAGGGUGAAGAGGAGGUCCCACCUCCCACUCCCCAAUCCAAGCCUGUCAAGGUUCCACCAGAGACAAAGCCAAAGCCGACAACCCCUCCUCCUGUUACUGCCUCCGUUACUAGAGACGAGGAGGACGAAGGAGACAAGAUCAUGGCAGAACUGCAGGUCUUCCAGAAGUGCACAGUUAAGGAUUUAGGGGUGAAAAAUUUGGUAGAGCCUCCCUCUCGAAUUGAACCACAAAUCAGAGAGCUAAGACCGGGGGCCUUGUUGCCCCUCAAAGAGAAAAAGCAGAGCUCAGAGCCCAGUCGAGAGGACAAAGAUCCAGACACGGAUGAAAACGGGAACACGACUGUGCGACAGAGCCAAGGGGUCAUAUACUAUGUGACUGGCCAAAUCUCCAAAGAUCAUCCACCCCCAUCAGGAACAGAGGAGACCCCCGAGCACCAAGAACCCACGCAGCCUCCAACACAGGUGUCAAAUGUCAAUGUUAAUGACAAUUCUCCAAGCCAGGAACAGCAGCAGCAGACGCCACAGUCUCCACCGCCCAAAUCUCCCCCACCUAUAUCGCCUAAGCCUGUGGGACUGAACGGAUUCAAACUGGCAAAGAAGCAGUUAAAACGCUCCGAGUCCUUCAAGACCAAGGUAGAAAUGGAGAAGGGGAAGAUGCUCAACAAAAUGAACGCUGAGAAGAAAAGUAAAAUCAUUCAGGAGCCCGUUUCGUCCAGUAAGAAUAUAAUACACGAGACGGUGGAAAAAACAACAAUUAGCCCCGUGAAACAGAAACUUAAAAUUUCUGUUGCCCCAAUUCCAAAAGCUCCUACCGACGACAACGGUCCACCAAAAGCUGCUUUUGAUGAAGACGAUGAGGGAGCCGGUCUAAGUCCUGAUCUUCCUGGAGAAGAGCCACCUCCGCCCCCAGACAACAUAGCAUUUAUGAUCACUAACACCAAGGUACAGGCCUUGUCUAGUGGCGAGUACCAGGAACUGGUCAAUGCCAAGAAGGGAAGUGUCCAGACAGUAACUGUAGGCGGUGCGUCAAACCAAGGGAACACCUCAUCGGGUCCCAGUUUUCCACAGGAUAAUGGAUUUAACAAGAAGCCCGUCAUUAUCAUUUUUGAUGAGCCCAUGGAUAUCCGCUCCGCUUACAAGCGCCUGUCCACCAUAUUCGAAUGUGAGGAGGAACUGGACAGGAUGCUGUCUGCAGAGCGCAUUGACGAGGAGAGCGAGGAGUCGGACACGGAGAGAAGUAGUGGGCUGGAGGAAAAAGCUGGAGGGACCAACAUGGAUGAUGGCAAAAAGGUCAGCUCCUCACACGGCACUGCUGACCAUGUCAGCCUAUCGUCUUCUUCUUCGUCGUCAAUAUCUGAACUCACUGACGGUGGAAACGUGGAGGAUGCCAAGCAGGACAGUAAAAAGAAGUUCAAGUUUAAGUUCCCUAAGAAGCAGCUGGCAGCGCUGACCCAGGCCAUCCGCACGGGUACCAAAUCAGGCAAGAAGACUCUUCAGGUGGUUGUGUAUGAAGAUGAGGAGGAGUCCGACGGUACCGUCAAGCAGCACAAAGAGGCAAAGAGAUUUGAGAUUGCACGCUCCAAAUCCUUAGCAGAGCCUCCAAAGGUGACAAGUUCGGCUGUGUUGAAGAAGCAGAACUCCGAGUCUCACUACAGAACAGACGAGAUCCGGAAGAACACCUACAAGACACUGGACAGUCUGGAGCAGACCAUCAAGCAGUUGGAGACCACCAUUAAUGAGAUGGGACCACGCUCCCCUGAGGAGCCAGUCUCUAUGGAGGAAGCUUUGGCAGGGAAUGGGACAGGCUCAGACGGAGCGGGGCUAAAGAGGUCUUCCUCUCUCCCCACCUCCAGAGGGUUAGGCCCUAAGGUACCCAGCAAAAAUUCAUUGCAGCAGAAGACUAAACCUCAGCUCCUUCCUCGUCCUGUAGUCGUCCCUACCACUACCACUGCUACCACCGCCACUCUCCCCAGUGUCCCCAGCACCGUACAACAGAUCCCCUUGCAGAACACCAGUGUCGCUUCCCCUACUAGUCGGAUGCCCGUCCCUUUGUCUGCGAAGUCCAGGCAGUCACCGGGUACUACUGACAAAGCAGGAAAACAGCAAAAACUGCAGGACGCUCAGAGGCAGUUCCGACAGGCUAACGGAAGUGCUAAAAGAGUGGGAGGGGAUCAUAAAGCUACUUCCCCAACUAUUCCCGUCUCUAAAAUCCCUGCUUUUUAUCCUAGCACUAAUAAAGGCAGUCCCCAGUCUGCACAAAACUCAGAUGCUACUAAUCCCAUUAACCCUUCCUCCUCCUCUUCCUCCUCCUCUUCCUCCUCCUCCUCCUCACCUGUGACAAAGUCAUCCAUCCUGUCCUCUCAAGCUCCUCGCUCCGGUACCCUACCCUCCUCCCACAUCCCCUCCCUGUCUAACGGAUCCCUCAAACUCCCCGCGCCCUCACAGCACACAGGUAAAGCUCUCUCGUUCUCCUCGCAGACUCAGAAUGGUCGAGUGCACUCCUCCUCUUCAUUCUCCUCCUCCUCAUCCUCCUCCUCCUCCUCCCCCUCCCCUCUGUCGCCCACACCUUUGGGCCCAGGUGGAAAGAGCAUCCGCACCAUACACACCCCCAGCUUCACCAGCUACAGGUCCCACAACGGCAACAGCGGCAAAUCCUGCAUCCCGACAACCACGUCAGCUAAGGACACAGCUUAGCCCCAUUAUCGCCCCUCUGGUUUUACUGCAUAGCAGGUAGACUCGGUCAUGUUUUUAUUAUUUUAAAUCAUUUUGGUUUGUUUUCACUAUUCUUAUUUUUAUUUUUUGAAUGUUUUUGUAAAAAUAUUAAGUGAUGCACUCUCCCGAUUCAUGUUCUCUUAGACACUGGCAUUCUCACAACAAUGCUUUUUUUUGGAUCAUACUUACUUAGAUUCUCUCUUGAAGGUGUACAAGAUGUUUGAAAAGAUUUUACAACUUGAGCUAAAAAGAAGAAAAAAACAAACUAUUUAGUGUCACCACUUUGUAGAUAAAGUGGAAGGCUUUCGUGGUGUUGAAAAUCUAUUUUUCUUGCUGUAGCUAUGAAUAGGGACUAUAAAGUUGAUGUACAAUCAUAAAGUACCGCGUAAAAAUUGUGGUUUAUUUUUCAAACCAGAGAUUGAAUAACCAUAGUCUAUUUAAUCUUCUAUAUUUCUUGUGUUUGUCAGACAUUGAUCGGUCUUGUAAAUGCCUUUUUUGAAUGUAUACGCGAUGUAUACGGACAUUUUAAAAUAGAACUCACAAUGAACUUUUUUUAUUUUUCCUGACAGAAUUUUCCUAAUUUUCUCUGUCAACUUAUUUUACAGAUCUAUACAAGCGGUAUCACGAGUAAUACAAGUUUUCAUUUUAGUGUGCCUCUUUGCCAAAAAUUGUUGUACAAUGACUCACUUCAAGCCUAAUUCAGUCACAAGAUUUAGAGGAAUUUACAUGCACUCUUUCGGUUGAAGUGUUGAUACUGGUCUUAGUUUGUUUUCAUUCUCUAAAUGUAAACUGUACUUAAACAUAGAUAAUGAACCCCGUUCUCCCACGUGUACAUAGACGCUUCUACUAAGGAAAUAGGUAGUUUUGUUAACAAACCAAAGUUUAUUUGUAUGCAUGCCUUUCAGAUACUUUAGGAGAGUGGUGUAAAAGAAGAAUUACGUUUGCACAGAUAGGUUUUGUAAAUAUUUGGUUUCUUCUCCUUUUUUUUUGUAAAGCUUUAAAUCAUACUUUAAAAGAGCAAUGUGGUUGAAAAAAACGAGUACAAUUGUGUUGGAGUAGCAAAAAUAAAGAAUUGCAUGCUUGUAAGGCG